ACUUGGAGUAACACGUCAUUCUAGUAAAGAGCAGGAGCCGGCUGAUAGGGAGUGAUCCCCUCACCGUCGUCUUUCUGUCCUGUACUACCGUCUGCUUUUAUCUCCAAAUGCUGUAAUUUCUUUUGAACACAACACACUCUUUUGCUCGUGUCUUGACCUGAAGCCAAUCUGAUAUAGAAGCUCGGUGAUGACGACCUACCAGGAGUUUAUCCAACAGAAUGAGGACAGGGAUGGGGUGCGAUUCAGCUGGAACCUCUGGCCCUCCAGCCGCCUGGAAGCCACCAGGCUCGUGGUACCAGUCUCCUGCCUCUUCACACCUCUCAAGGAGAGGCCUGACCUGCCACCGGUCCAGUACGAGCCAGUACUAUGCAGCCGGGCCAACUGCAAGGCAGUGCUCAACCCACUGUGCCAAGUUGACUUUAGAGCGAAAAUAUGGGCGUGCAACUUUUGCUUUCAGAGAAACCCAUUCCCUCCCUCUUACGCAGGCAUAUCAGAAGUGAACCAGCCGGCUGAACUCAUGCCACAGUUUUCUACCAUCGAGUAUAUAGUACAGCGUGGAGCCGUGGCCCCUCUGAUCUUCCUGUACGUGGUGGACACGUGUUUGGAAGAAGAGGACCUCCAGGCCCUCAAGGAGUCCCUGCAGAUGUCCCUCAGCCUGCUGCCACCCAACGCCCUGGUGGGCCUCAUCACAUUCGGACGCAUGGUUCAGGUUCACGAGCUGAGCUGUGAGGGGAUCGCCAAGAGCUACGUGUUCAGGGGCACCAAGGACCUCUCCUCCAAACAGAUCCAGGAGAUGCUGGGUUUAACAAAGUCACCAGCAACAGGACAACAAGGUCGCCCAUCGGCACCUCAGGAUGCUGAAGCCAUUUGCAGGUUCCUUCAGCCCGUGCACAGAGUCGACAUGAAUCUGACUGACUUGCUCGGUGAGCUUCAGAGAGACCCCUGGCCUGUCCCUCAGGGCAAACGGCCCCUCCGCUCCACUGGUGUCGCACUGACUGUAGCUGUCGGGCUGCUGGAGGGCACAUACCCCAACACGGGGGCUCGUGUGAUGCUGUUCAUCGGAGGGCCCCCCACCCAGGGCCCGGGCAUGGUGGUGGGAGAUGAGCUGAAAACCCCCAUCCGCUCCUGGCACGACAUCCAGAAAGACAACGCUCGCCAUUUGAAGAAAGCCACCAAGUACUAUGAAGCCAUGUCCAACCGCUCUGCAGUAAAUGGACACUGUAUUGAUAUCUACGCCUGUGCCCUGGACCAGACGGGACUGCUGGAGAUGAAGUGCUUAUCUAAUUUCACCGGGGGGCACAUUGUGAUGGGAGACUCCUUCAACACCUCGCUGUUCAAGCAGACCUUCCAGAGAGUCUUCAGCAAAGACUACAAUGGAGACUUCCGCAUGGCCUUCGGAGGCGUCCUGGAGGUCAAGACAUCAAGGGAAGUGAAGGUUUGCGGCACCAUCGGACCGUGUGUUUCACUCAACGCCAAGGGUUCCUGUGUUUCAGAGAAUGAGAUGGGUAUCGGUGGCACCAGCCAGUGGAAAGUGUGCGGACUCAACCCCUCCACCACUUUGGGCAUUUUUUUUGAAGUGGUGAAUCAGCACAAUGCACCAGUCCCCCAGGGUGGCCGAGGGGUGAUCCAGUUUGUGACCCAGUACCAGCACUCCAACACACAGAGGAGGAUACGGGUCUCUACCAUCGCCAGGAACUGGGCAGACGCACAGUCCCAAAUCCAGCACAUCGAGUCGUCAUUCGACCAGGAAGCGGCCGCAGUGCUCAUGGCUCGCCUGGGAGUCUUUAGAGCAGAGUCAGAGGAGGGACCAGACGUCCUGCGUUGGCUCGACAGGCAGCUCAUCCGCCUGUGUCAGAAGUUUGGCCAGUUUAACAAAGAUGAUCCGACAUCCUUCAAACUGUCAGAGUCUCUGUCCCUCUACCCACAGUUUAUGUUCCACCUGCGGCGGUCGCCCUUCCUGCAGGUGUUCAACAACAGCCCCGAUGAGUCGUCCUAUUACAGACACCACUUUGUCAGGCAGGACCUGACCCAGUCUCUGAUCAUGGUCCAGCCCAUCCUCUACUCAUACUCCUUCCAUGGACCACCAGAGCCCGUUCUCCUGGACAGCAGCAGUAUUCUGCCCGAUCGAAUCCUGCUGAUGGACACUUUCUUCCAGCUGGUCAUCUUCCAUGGAGAGACAAUAGCCCAGUGGCGAAAGGCAGGCUACCAGGAAAUGGCAGAGUACGAGAACUUCAAACAGCUGCUGCUGGCUCCCCUGGAUGACGCUCAGGAGAUCCUGCAGACGCGCUUCCCCAUGCCGCGCUACAUCGAAACCGAGCACCAAGGCUCGCAGGCUCGUUUCCUGCUCUCCAAGGUCAACCCGUCACAGACCCACAACAACAGCUACGCCUGGGGACAGGAGACGGGAGCCCCGAUCCUCACAGACGACGUCAGCCUGCAGGUCUUCAUGGACCACCUGAAAAAGCUGGCAGUUUCCAGCUCUACGUAGACGUCUCUAUUCCACCACGAAAGAGAGAAGGAGUGAUCCGACAUUCCCGUUCUGACAUAUGCAGCCAUUAACAUUUCCCCUGUUUCUGUAAAGAAGCCAAACCCACACAGUCGACUGUAUGUGCUUGCUUGAUUGUGUCCUUUCCAGAGUCGCGUGUGACAUAUCCAUGCUUUAAAAAAAAAAAAUGAAAGAAAUGGGAAGAAUAGCACAUUCCUAAUGAGACUCAUUUUUCAUUAACAUGUUAUUUAUGAGAAACGGCUUCAGUACUCCAGACUGUCCUCAUGUAAGCAAUAUCAAAUCCUCAAUUUCUUUUCUAUUUCAUAUUACCGUUCUCUGACAUGCAGAAUGAUUAGACUUCUAAUUAAUAUUUUUGUUUUUUCUUUGUUUGUUUGACCCAAGAUAUUUGUGUCUAGUGCACCAGCCCUGGUGCUGUUUUAUGUGUUUGCUUUGUCUAAAGCUGAAGAUGACAUGCUUAGAAUUUUCUCAAUAAUAAAUUAUAAUUGUACCUUCUAAUGCUGGAUAAGAAAUGUUCAGAGCUAAUCUGUCUUCACACUAUUGGCUUGUUAAUCGCAGUUUAUUUGACAUACAAAUUUAAAAUCCUUACACGGAUUAUACCUUUUAAGUGUUUUCCAAGAAUAUUCCCUCUGAAUAAUGAGGAUUAAUGUUCUGAGGAAUGGAAAUCAAUCGCGUCAGACUGACUCUGUUAAUGACGAACAUUUAUUUUUAACUUCACUCUGUAGUUCAGACCUCUCGUCCCGUCUCAACACCAUCUGGUAUUUUGCACCCGAUGAUUUCCCAAGUGUCUUUGUAAUCAAACUUUAAUAUACUGUAAGACUGUAUCGACGCGACAGUUGUUUGAUUUAGAUCCUGUCUGGAUUCUAAAUGCUCUCCAUUAUAAAGCCCCGUCGGCAAGAAACCAA